AUGGAGUGUUAUGUACGUAUUUACCUUCAAGGAGACAGUCUCCUUAGUCCGUCAUCUUUAGUCGAUGCUGCUCAGCACAGUUCUAAUCUUCCGCUUACAAUCAGUAGUCCAUCCGGUGAUUAUAUUGGUCUGGAAUUCAGUCGUGUCAGGAAUUCUCCAUUGUCCUACUUGGAUUAUGCAAAGUACGAUAAGGAUGAGAAAAAGGUGAACGAACGUCUUCAAACAAUAGCUCACCAUGUCAAUGCGCUCUACUAUCCUUUGAAUAUACGUAUUACACUAGUAUGGGUGGAUAUUUGGAAGGAUGGUGACAAAUUCGAAGUUGCGACAAGUGGUGACCACACUUUGGAUGGUUUUCUUAAUUAUCGGAAAGAUAUCAUCAAAGCCCAUCCGAACGACAAUGCCCAUAUGCUGACUGACAUUCACUUUGAAUCCAACGUUGUCGGUAAGGCGUUUAAGGGAACGAUGUGCUCGUACGAUUACUCUGGCGGUGUUGACGUGGAUCACAGUAGCAAUGCUGCUGUUGUGGCUGCCACAGUGGCGCAUGAAAUGGGCCAUAACUUUGGUAUGGAGCAUGAUGUUGACUACGGCACGACAUGUAACUGUCCAGGAAACCAGUGUGUUAUGGCACCGUCGUCUGGGUUUGCUUGCUACCUUACUACACUAAAACGUUUUAGAUUUGUUAAGUUCGUUCAAGAGCUUUUGUUCAGAGUCUCACCGCCAUCGUUUUGGUCGGAUUGUAGCUUACGUUACCUUUACAACAGCUUUAGUCGUGGUGUUGACUUGUGCUUGAAGAAUCCGCCGGAGAGAACAAUUGGUGACGCCAAAUGUGGAAAUGGGAUUGUGGAGCCAGGAGAGGAAUGCGACUGUGGUCUAAAACAGUGUCUGCAUUCAUGCUGUGAUGGGAAAACAUGUCGGUUGGCAAAAGAAGCUGAAUGCGCCGAUGGCGACUGUUGUGAUCUUUUCACCUGCAAGCCGAAACCGCGGGCAACAGUUUGCCGAGCAUCCGUUGGAAUCUGUGAUUUGCCGGAAUUUUGCAAUGGUGAAACACCUGACUGUCCAGCUGAUUUUUUCUUGCAGAAUGGGCUUGUAUGUCCUGGUAGAGUAAAUGAGUUUUGUUAUGAAGGUCUAUGUGGUAGUCGUCCGGACCAAUGCGUCUCCAUAUGGGGACCCACUGCAAAAGAAGGUGUUAGCGCAUGCUAUCAACAAAACAUUAAUGGAAUCAUCCAGGGUAACUGUGGAUAUGAUGUUCUUUCCUCGCGGUUCACUCCAUGUCUACCUGAUGAUAUCAUGUGCGGGAGACUGCAGUGUGGAACCCAGGCUGAACGUCCCAUAUUUGGCGAUCCAACUACCGUUUCAUCGGCAUACACGUAUGUGAGAGUUGGAACUGAAAGUCAUCAAUGCCAUGUCAUACGAACAACUUACGUUGGACAAAAGAAUAAACCAGAUCCUGGUAUGGUUCUAGAUGGCUCGCAUUGUGGUGAUGAUAAGGUGGUGAUGCACUUCUAUUACAAACACUGUCAUCUUUAA